AUGCUCAGGCGCCCAAAAAAAUUAGUGAAGCUGGUUACUUUCGAUGCCUUGCAUACCAUAAUUACACCCCGACUGCCUAUUCAUGAACAAUAUUCGAGGGUGUUCUCCCCGUACGUUGGCGACCUCGAUCCAACCAAAAUCAAACAGUCAUUCCGAGUUGCCUUGAAGUGUGUGCAGAAAGAGCAUCCUUUCUAUAACAAAGGAGCUCAAAAUUGGUGGCAAGAUGUCAUUCGACGCACUGCGAUUGGCGCAGGGGCCGACGAAAAAGCUCUCGACGCUCACUUGGCUGAAAUCACGCGAAAACUGAUGAAGCGCUUCAGCUCAGACGAAGGCUACAAGGUUUUUGAAGACACUCUUACAACCAUUUCGCGCCUCCGAGAGCAGACCGACAUCAAAACAGCAAUCAUCAGCAACGGUGAUACCAGACUUCGCAGCGUUCUAGAGAGUUUAAACUUGACAACUUUGUUCGAUGCAAUUAUUCUGAGUGAAGAAGAAGGGGUUGAAAAGCCCUCUCCCAAGAUUUUUGAGAGGACGUUGCAAAUGGUCAAUCAAAACAUAGUGGAACAUGAAGGUAGCAUCAGACCAAGCCAGUGCUUGCAUGUCGGAGACGAACUUGUAUCUGAUUACCAAGGAGCAUCAAACGUAGGUUGGCACGCACUGCUGUUGCGUAGAACUGGAGCAGAUGGAGAGCAAGAACACAAGGAACAUGGAGAGGACCUCAAGGGAAUCCAGACAAUCAGUUCUUUAGGUGGAGUUAUUAACUGGAUACAAACAGGGGAGGUAUGA